AUGAAUACAGGACAAAGACUUAUUAUACUAUCCAAAGUUGUUCAUGAAAAACCUGGACAUGGGGCUCGGGAUAAAAUGAGACGUGAAAUUAACCAACAUUAUUAUUGGAUGCCAUCGAAUGUGAUUGAUAUUUAUCUCUUAAAUUUGUGUUGCAUCUUUUUUACUACUCCAGCAUCUAAUUCGUCUAUAUUAGUAGAUCCAACAACAGCUGAUGCCAUAAGUACAUUAGAUGAUGCAAUAAAUUUAACAGGCAGUGUUUUCAUUAUGCAGUCGUCACCACAAACUAAUUCUUCUACAACUACCUACAAUAAUGUUAAUGACCAUUAUUGCGACGAACAAAUACUCUUUGAUGACACUAGUACACCAAAUCUAGGCUCAAUUAAUUCAUCACAUUUAGUCAUUCGUAAACGUGCUGCUGAAGUCGAUUUAGCGAAUGCUAACCGACGAAUAAAAGCGCACAAACAAUUGCUUAAAUUAAAUAUAAGCGAAUUAGAAGAAAUAUCGGUGAUAACUGCAUCGAAAAUGUAUUAUCGUGGUGCAGUUACUGGAAUUAGUGUAAAGGUAGAUGUAAAACCAGAAAAUGUGCCUGUAAGAGAAACAACACGUUUUGCUCGAAAAAAUGUCAUCAAAUGGUGUUUAUUGUAA